AAAGGUUUCGGACGUGACCCGGACCUUGAGGAAAGCAAAGAGGAUAGGAGAGCAUAUCUCGAGGAUCUAAUCAAGCAACUUGAGUACCUUCUCGCUUUCGUCGAGAAGGAGUUCCAGCCCACUGCAGACCGCCUCACACUCGCCGUUUCCCAUGGACGUAUCUCCUACGAUCUGCUCAUGUACUUCUUUCUCCCGGGUGAUGAUCUCCUGACAAUCGACAUGGACGAUAAUGGGAGGUCCGAUAACCAGCCUCUUGCCUUCACCCUUCACGAGCGCGGUUACGACUGUUUCGACAAGAUCGGCAAAGCCUUCUACCUCCAAGGCUACGGCGUCGAAUGGGACGGUGCGGAAUACGUACGGUAUUCCCUCCGACGACUUAUUCCCAAAUUUCAAGGCACAAAGAACAUCAAUGAGCUGAUGUGCUCAGUAUUGACGGAUGAAAAGAAGAUCUUGCUGCAGGCCAGAGGAAUGCUGUAUGCUUCAUUAUCUGGGAUUCACUAUAAGACCUACCGGAACAAACGCGUAAUGAUCGACAGAAGAGCAUUUGACGACCCAGACGGCUAUCUCCUCGACCCAGAUCAAACAGUCCCGGAAGUCGAGCAGUCGCGGCUGCACCUCCUUGCACCCCACGUUUACGGUUUCAACCUUGGGUCCAAGAAAUGGAUGACUUUCAUUGUAACUGAGCUUAAGGACGUUGUUUUCGAUGAGGAUGCCUGGGAACAUCUCGUUCUUGAGCAGAAGACCAAGGAUUUGAUCAGAGCCCUCGUUGAGGUCAGCCGGAACUCCAACUCGAACAAGAAGAUCAUCUCGGACGUCAUCUCGGGCAAGGGCGGUGGUCUCAUUUCAGUUCUUCACGGCCCUCCAGGAACAGGAAAGACGCUCACCGCGGAAGGCGUGGCUGAGCUUCUGAAGAGGCCUCUGUAUAUGGUCGGUGCCACGGAGCUGUCGCUGACGCCGCACGAGAUGGAGAGAAGUCUCAAGGGCGUUCUGAGCUUGGCCACUGCAUGGGAUGCGGUUCUCCUCGUCGAUGAGGCAGACGUGUUCCUCGAGGCCAGGAGUUUGCAUGAGUUGGAUAGGAACGCCCUCGUCUCCGUAGCGCUCCGCGUUUUGGAGUAUCACAAAGGCGUCCUCUUUCUCACGACCAACCGCAUAUCUUCGUUCGACGAUGCUUUCCUCUCAAGGUUCUCUAUUGCUAUCAAGUACCCGCCACUCGAGAAGGACCGGAGACUCAUCGUCUGGAGACGGUUCUUCGAGCUCGCGGGCUGUUCGGUUGACCAUGAAUCUGAGCGGGUAACGGAGGCCGAUUUGGACUGGUUGGCUAGUAAGCCGUUCAACGGCCGCACGGUCAAGAACCUAGUGCGUACAGCUCAAAGCCUCGCCCUGUCAAGGAACGAGUCUCUAUCAGCGGACCAUGUCAGAACGGUUGUCGAGGUCCAAGAAAAGUUCCUCUCCGAGUUUGCACAGAUUUCUAGUGAAACCGUGGCGACAGCGUGAGAGCCCAUUGGUCCACGGAUUGUGCACUGGGUGAAGAGCAAGGAGAGUGUACGCUCAACUCAAACUUGACGUCUCAUUUGCCGCGGCGGGAUGUCUAGUAUUCGUAUUGUAGAUAUGGUACACUGCGUU